GACAAUCAAGUUUCAAAAAUUGUUUUGAAUGGUUAUGCCUGAGUAUGGUCAUUAUUUUGAAAUAAUAGUUUUGCUAUUUAGUGCGUACAAUGGAGAAUUCAUUCUUUGAAUAUCGUAAUGAGACGGCUGCUGAUAGCAGCGAUUCCGGAUCGGAAUUUAUUGACAAUAGUUUAGCUGACGAAUCCCUUGGUUUGAAGAAGAAGAAUCAUACUAUUUUCGUACCAGAAUCUGACGAAUCUACAACAGAAGAUGAGAAUGAAGCAGAGCAGAGUAAACCACAGAAUCUGUCUAGAUCAGUGGUUGGGCGCAGCAGUGUUGCAGACAGCCAUGUUAUAUCCAGCAGUGAGGAUGAUGCAAGUAAUAGAGGCAGCAUUAGAAGACAAUCAGAGUCUUUUAAUAAAGUAGUGUUGAGCUCUUCUGAAGAAGAAGCAGUAUCACCGGAAAUAGUACCAAAACGCAGACCGAUGAGAAAGAAAUCGAACGACGGCAAUGAAUCCAUCAUUGGACGUAAAACAAAGAAACGUAUGGUACUCAUUGACUCAGACACUGAAAACUCUAUAAUCAUAGAGCACGAUAAGCAUAAGAAGUUAUUAUGUAUGAAGGAUACGCCGUUGAAGAUCGAUACGGGAAAUAACCAGAAUGUUAAGGAUUGCAGUAUGGUUGAUGAACCGGAGGCUGACAAGUCUGUUGGUGAAACGGACAGUGAUGAUGAUGAAGCAAAGACGGAUGAUAGUGUACGAGAAGACAGUGAUGAGAAAGCUAAGUCUGAUACUAGUGCACAAGCGGACACUGAUGAUGAGAAAACGAAGGCAGAUAGAACCGGUUCAUUAAGAUAUGAUGACACGGAUGGCAGUGAGGCUGUGGAAGAUGGUGACAAUACAGAAGAAUAUGGAAUAGAUGAGGAUGCAAUGGUGAUGUCCAGAGCGACGCGUAUGAGUAUCAUGGGUGUGAUACCGAAGGAUAAUGACAGUGAUGAGUCGGACUUUAUUCAGUCUGAUGAUAGCCACCGAAACUCCCACCACGGAUCAGACCACGGAACAGCCAGUCUCACAGAUCUUCCCGAAACCUUCCUCCCUCCCAAAACUCCUGAAAAGACCGUAGAAGACUCAGACUCUUCAAAGAUCUCAUGUUCACCAUUUUCAAGUCCACUACAAGAUAUUACCAAUGAACCGACCAUUAGAAAGUCUAUAGGAAAUAAAGAUGAGUGUAUCAUAAUAAAUGAUACAGAGAAGAAUGCGUCUACUAGUCUUAAGAAUAAGGUCUUAAAUAAGUUGUUGACAAAUAAGGUGAAGGAGAAUUUUAUUCGGUACGAUGAUGAUGUGACAAUUAUUGAUUCGAAGCCGGAGAUCAUUGCGCUGAGUAGUGAUGAUGAUGAUGAUUAUGUGCCCAAGCAAGAGAAGAAGUCUCCCAACCCCAAACCCUCAUCCCGGAAGUCCAAACAUGAGGACCCGGAGCCACCAUCUAAAACGAUCACCAAGUACCUGGCACCACCGAGCUAUCCUAACCAACAGGUGGUGUAUGUCAAGAAACAGGUUAGAGAGGCAGAGCUGAUGAAGUUAGAUGCUUUGAAAGAGGAUUUGAAGAAUAUUAGGUACCUCUUAGAAGAGAUGGACAUGAAGUCCUUGCCGGACGGCGGCAGUAAGCUGAUAGACAGACUGUCGCAGCUGGAGGAGCAGGUGCGGCGCCAGGGAGACAAGGUCGCCAGCAUGGUGGUGGAACCAGAAAAUCCCACGGCAGCAGAUAUCGCUAGAGACGGGUUCAAUGGCAAGGAGAAGGGCCCCAGCUGGGAAGAGCUGCAGAAGGCCAGCAAUGCUGUACAGCCUCGGAUGUUUGGCAAGCAGGCAAUGGCCACUCACAUGGCGGAACGCAACCUAAUCCUGGACCGUCUCCGAGACCUGUACGAGUCCAUGGGAUCCCGUCCAGCCGAGAGCCAGGAGGCAAAACCCCCCAGGGCCAUGAGGUCCAAGCUGAUGCCGCACCAGCUGCACGCGCUCGCCUGGCUGCGCUGGCGGGAGACGCAGAGACCUCGCGCCGGUAUACUGGCGGAUGACAUGGGUCUGGGCAAGACGAUCACCAUGAUAGCUCUGAUCGUGAGCGACAAGGAAGACAAGAUCGAUGACGAUGAAGACGACGACGAUGAACGGCCGAAGAAACUAACCCGCGGCGGCACCCUAGUCGUCUGCCCAGCAUCCCUCAUGCAGCAAUGGGCCGCGGAAGUAACGAAGCACUGCACCUCUCAUGCACUGUCGGUGUGCCUGCACCACGGCGCCGCGCGGGCGCAGCUGCCGCACCGACUCGCCACGUACGACCUCGUGGUCACUACCUACCAUAUCAUGCAGAGGGACCAUGAGAAGAACGGAGUCUUAAUGCGCAUAGCCUGGCGCCGAGUAAUCCUGGACGAAGCCCACGUGGUCCGCAACCACAAGUCUGCAACUUGUAACGCGGUGACGUCCCUCCACGCGAGCCGGCGCUGGUGCCUCACUGGCACACCGGUACAGAACAAGGACUUGGACCUGUUUGCGCUGCUCAAGUUCCUCAGAUGUUCCCCCUUUGAUGAUCUUACUAUGUGGAAGAAAUGGAUCGACAACAAAUCCCUAGGCGGUCAAGAGCGUCUGAACACUAUAAUGCAGUGCUUACUACUACGGCGCACUAAAGUGCAGUUGCAACAGAAAGGACAGCUCGCCUGCCUGCCGAAGCGGGCUGCUCAUCUCAAGCAGGUCACGUUGACGUCAGCUGAGAUGAACGUCUAUCAGAAGGUGCUGGUAUUCUCCAAGACGCUGUUCGCUCAGUUUCUCCACCAGCGCGCGGAGAAGAAUGCCGACGCGGAAGGCUUCUCCACCGCCGGGAAAGACAGCGCCUACGCCAAGAUGCAUAAGAAAAUGAUCGCUUUACAAGGAGCAAAACCAGUAAAGUCCCACGAGAUCUUGGUGCUGCUGCUGCGACUGCGGCAAGUGUGCUGCCACUGCGGCCUCAUCGCCGCCAUGCUGGACGAGGACAGCGCCGACAUGCCCGAGGACCCUGCCGGACAGGACCUGCUGGCAGACCUCAACAAGCUGUCGCUGGAAGACUCCAAGAGGAAGGGCAAAAAUGGCGAAGAUCUGGAAGAUGAUGAAGAGGAGCCAGGUCCUCAAGAAGGUACGACAGCAGCCGAGGCUAUCCGCUCAGUGCUGUCGCCCAACAACCCUGUCUUCGAGCUGUCCCGACCUUCCUCCAAGAUAUCUGCCGUCAUGGAGUGUCUGAAUAAGGAGGUUUUUGCUAAUAAAGGUGACAAAGCAGUAAUAGUAUCCCAAUGGACAUCAGUGCUACGCCUGGUGGAAGGGCAGCUCCGUGCAGCUCGCGUGAAGUGCGUGACGCUAGACGGCAACGUGCCCGUCGCCUCGCGGCCGCCGCUACUCGCCAAGCUUAACGAUCCCAAUAGCGAUGUUAAGGUGAUGCUCCUCUCCCUCUGCGCUGGUGGCGUGGGCCUGAACUUAUGUGGCGCGAACCACCUCCUCCUGCUCGACCCUCACUGGAACCCUCAGCUUGAGGAGCAGGCGCAGGACAGGAUAUAUCGCGUCGGACAGACUAAGGAUGUCAAUAUAUACCGGUUUAUGUGCGUGGACACAGUAGAACAGUCCAUCAGAAAGCUUCAGCAAGCUAAACUGGAGUUAGCAGAGAACGUGCUCACCGGCGCUAAGAACUCCGAUAAAUCCAAACUUUCUAUUGAAGAUCUCAAAAUACUGUUUAAUAUGGGCCAAUAGACCCCAAAUACUCAAAGAUUUGUUAACUUUAGGUGGCCCAAUAGACCUCGAAAUACUGAUAUUAUUUAACUUUGAGUUUUACGAUAAGUUGCGUCAUUUAACUAUAACGAUAGCCGAAUCUUGUUUGUCAAACCGUAUUUGUUAGAGCUAAUAUUUCAUACAAAUUAGCAACUAAAAGCUACUACAGCAAAAUUGUUGGGUAAAGCAGAGUCCCUUUCGGCAAGAUAUCACUAAUAAUAAAUAAAUAAAAAUAGAUAUCACUAAUAAAUAUUAGUAAGUACAUUCGUUAUGACAAUAAAAAUAUUUAAACUUUAAGAAAAAAAAAACAUUUUAUUUAUCAAGUCGCCGAUUUGUCCAGUAAAGCAAGUACACAGCUGGUUAUGGUUUGGUUAUCAUUAUAGUUAAAAGGUGCAACUGGGCCUUUACGUAAGCGUGAAAAGAGGCGUUUCAGUGUUCGGCCCCCAUAUGUUUUACCUUUGGAAUUAAGGGCCUUAUGUUUUUAAUUUAAUGUAAGUAGGAUCCUGAAUGUCCUCAAUAACUCCAGGAGUUCCUUUAAACGAUUAGUACCUUUAGAAUUGUUUAAGAAUCGUGCCAUUAUAAUUGUACACGUUAAAUAUAAGUUAACUCUUCAACCAAAACAAACUUUAAUAUUUUUUCAGGAAGUAAUUCUAGUUAAAUAAUUAACUGUGAUUUAAAUAACUUCACAAUAAACAAUAGUUCUAGUUAUGACUUAGGUUUUAGGACAUUCGUUAUUUUAUAUUUCAAUGGACAUUCAAACAGACGUAAAGGCCUCUAUUAUUAAAUUUUUAUUCCUUAGUUUUCAAAAGACACCAUAUUUCUUUUCCACUGACAUGCAUUUAUCGAUACAUUUAAUUAUGAUUUUAAUACUGUACAAUAUAGAUUUAACUAAGUAGAUGUAAAGGAUUAUUUUUGAUAGUGAUUAUUUUAAUAAUUGUUAUACAAUAAAUAAUUAUGUAAUCUUA